AUGGUCAGUUCUGCUGAACUUAAAGAGGAGGGUAAUACAGCAUUUCGCCAGAAGAAAUAUUUCGAAGCUCAUGAUCUUUACACAAAAGCACUUGAAUCCUGCCCAGAAGAAGAAAAACAACUUAAAAUUUCAAUUUGCUUAAAUCUUUGCAUUUGUGAAGGUCUCCUUGAGCGCGCUACAGAUGCUAUUAAUCAUGCUACAGAAGCAAUCAAUCUUGAUCCUUCAAACGCUAAAGCUUACUACAGACGUGCUAAUGCAAAGCUUCUUGAGCUUGAUUUCAUUGGCGCUUACAAUGAUAUGGUGCAACUUUGCAAGAUAAUGCCUUCAGAAAAGAAAUUUAGGCAAGAUGCAGAAAAACUUCGUUCUGAAUUUAAGAGAAAUCAGCUUUUACAAGCUAUGGCUGUCCAAGAAGGCGAUUCAAUCCAACAAAUCGAGCAAGCUCCACCGCCAGAACCAGUUGAAAUCCCCGAAUUUAACAAAGAAUUUUUGAAAUCUACACUUGAUAACUUACGUAAGGACGUCCGCCUUCACAGAGAAGUCUUCAAGGCCCUUGUCCACGCAAUCGAAGAACUGAACAACAAAAUGUCAAAUAUCGUCGAACUCAAGCACGCUGGCAAAUUCCAUGUUGUCGGAGAUACCCACGGCCAGUUCCAAGAUGUCGUCAAUCUCUUUGAAAAGUUUGGCUGGCCAACAAAAGAAACCCCAUACUUAUUCAACGGCGAUUACGUCGAUCGUGGCUCACAGGGUGUUGAAAUCUUGACACUUCUCAUGGCUCUCAAGAUCUCCGACCCAGAAUCCAUCUACCUCAACAGAGGAAAUCACGAAACAAUCAACAUGAACCAUCUAUACGGCUUCGAAGGCGAAUGCACCGACAAAUACAACAGAGAUACAUACAAUGAAUGCACAAAGAUGUUCAAUUCCUUACCUCUUGGCCACUUAAUCAACGGAAAUACGCUUAUCGUCCACGGUGGUAUUGUUACAGACGACAACGUCACACUUGAAGACGUACAGAAGCUGAACAGAUUCUGCCAGCCACCAGAGAAUGGUCCAAUCAACGAUAUCCUCUGGUCAGAUCCAAUGGACAACAACGGCCUCGCUCCAUCACCAAGAGGCCUCACCAGGACAUUCGGACCAGAUAUUACAGCCAAAUUCUGCAAGCGCUGGGGUCUGGAGUUAGUAAUCCGCUCCCACCAAGUUAUGCAGGAGGGAUAUCGCGAAAUGCACGAUGGAAAGUGCGUCACAGUUUUCUCUGCUCCAAACUACAUCGGACAGAUGGGUAACGAGGGAGCAGUCCUCGCUCUGAACUACGGAGAGGACGGAAAGAUCCUAGGAAAGGACUACAAGAAGUUCAACGCACUUCCAUUCCCAGACAAAUACAGACCAAUGAAGUACGCUUCAUUUGGUAGCUUCUUCUAA